AGUGAAACACCAGAGCAACAAGCAAACACACACCACACAGAGCCGAGGACGUGAGGAAAGACUCUCCAAUUUUGGAUUAACAGUCUUCUCUUUUCCAGAAGGAGCUGAUGUUAUUUAGUUGUAGGUACAGGACAAUUUAACUGAGCUCAUUUGUUAUAGCACUGCAUCAGUGUUGUAGGCAGGGGCAACCGCCUCCAUAAAUCAACCACCAGCGACAAAUUUAAUUUCAAGGGUGAAAUAUUGCUGCUCGGGAGAGGAGAUACCAAAGCCUUUAGGGACCAGAGGAGGUGCAGUACAAAGAGAGACAGAGUGAGACAGAGUGUUAACAAGGGCACCAGAGCCAUGGAGGAGAGAGAAAACUACAGGAACCUGCAGGAGUUCACAGAGGACCCGACCCCUGGAGAGAACAGGCUCAUUCGCCAACAUAACAACGGCUCCCAGGGACUGAAGUGGGGCGCUGAGUGUUUGAGGAAUCGGACUGCUCUCCUGAUGCUUAUUGGCUUGUUGGCCUCCAUCUGCGCCAACAUCAUACUCACUGUGCUCUUGAUUGGCCGGCCGCUGCCAGGUGCCCCCCUGGACUCCUCGGUUCUGGGUCUAAAGCUGAACUCGGCACAGAGACGUUACAUCCAGCUGUGUGAGGACUACGCCGCACUGGGACAGAGCUGUUCAAAGACAGUUAAGCAGUGCAGGGAGUGUCCGGAAGGGUGGCUUCAUGUCGGGGACCAGUGUUACCACUUCAGCAAUGACAAGCUGGACUGGCGCAAGAGCAGAGAUAGCUGUGCAGACAUGGGCAGCCAUCUUACCAUACUGCACACCAUGGAACAGCAUGACGCUCUGGAAGAAGAAGCCAAGAGAAUUGGCGGAUUUGAUUACCACUUCUGGAUCGGCCUGUCUGACAUAGAGAAGGAGGGAGACUGGAAAUGGGUGGACAACACCACAUUGAAACUCAAAUACUGGGAUCAGUGGAGCUCAGAGCCAAAUAACCAUCAGUCAGGAGGGGAACAUGGAGAGGACUGUGCCACCUUAGACAGCCAUGCAAAGACAUGGUUUGAUGUUCCUUGUGAAAACAUUUAUAAACGGGUCUGCCAGAUGGAUGUCAUUCAGCUCAACUGAAUCCCAAUACUAUUGAAAAAUAAUACAUAACUGGGAGGUCUGGAACUACACAGGGUUGUGAGAGAAAAUAAAUAAUGAUUACAGAAAACAUAAAUCAGACCAAAACGCUUGUGACGUACAACAUAUAUGCAGACAGCAUAUAUGCAGACAGGAUUAUUAUAUAUUUUUUUUACUGAAGGUAUGGUUGCUGAAAAUCUGUUAAAUUGAGAUAAAACAUAUUGGGUGGAAUUUAAAAAGAAUACACAUUUUAGUAUUGCACACAUUUUAGUAGGAUGUCAACAUAUAAUUUUGAAACAUAACAUUUGAUAAAGACAUCAGCUAGGCCAACAUUUUUGGAGUGUGCCAAUUCACAAUGAGUGAGCCUAUUAUUUAAUUCAGCUUUGAAGGCCAGGUCAUCCAGGUCACACAUUAGGAAAAAAGUCUUCAUGUUACAAAGCUGAAUGCCACAAAUACCGUCAUUGGGUUCUAGAAAUGUGGGCCUCUGCUGUAGACCUUUGGAAAAGAUUUGUGCAAAUUCUUAACUCAAAAUUGAGCUGCAAAUUAUUAUUAUUAUUAUAGAGAGUGGGAACAUUUUGAUUGCCUCUCAGCGGCUCUCAACAUGGUGAGGCAUUAAGCCGGCGGAUCGUAGUUAACGGUGAUAACAGCACUAACAGUACAAACUACGGCAAGCGCGCUGACCAAGCUAACGGUGUGGAUGCUACAGCGGGGUCUGUCGAUACGACGCUAUCAGUCAACAAUGCAGAGCGGCAGCUGUAAGCUAGCCAGUGGGGAACGCUCACGUGCACAAACACGUUUUCAGUUCCUCCAAGACAUUCAUAUUUCUUAAUAAGAUAGACACUAUUUUCAAUGUCAAUGAAACACCCUGGAUUCAAUAGAGUGCAAUGCGAUAAUAGAUUUACUGUGCACUAAAUAUUAUACAGCAAGCCCGGGGCUGGUUCAUGAAGCAGCUCGGUAUGAUAUCCUACGUCAGUUCCAUACAUUAUUGUUUCAAUAGUCCUUUUCUUUUUUUUUUUUUUAUGGAGUUGUUUUUAAAAACACAACACUGUCUUACCUAGCGUCUCUAAUUUUGGUUUCUUGGUCAAACUAACUGAAAAAGCUUCUCUUGGAUAACAUAUUAUUAUCAAAAUCGCUGCAAUUUCUCACUGAAACUUAAAACAUUGAUUAAUAUGCAUUAUAACAAAAAUAAAUAUCCCACACUAGAUAAAGCUGGACACACAUAAAAUAAAUAAAGGCAGGUGAUAUAAAACACGUAAUCUUCAGUAAAAUACAACUUAAUAGCUGGCA